ACAACCUUCUGUUGAUCCGCUCGCGGCGCCAUACCCAGAUCCGAAAACCCUGACAGAGAGCGACGAGAUGAAGCGGGAACACCACCAUCUCUAUCCCCGGAUGGACCCCACCGCAGCAGAAGCCGCCGCCGCCGGGAAGUCCAAGAUGUGGGACGAGGACGGCGGCGGCGACGACGAGCUCCUGGCUAUGCUGGGCUACAAGGUGCGGUCCUCCGACAUGGCCGAGGUGGCCCAGAAGAUCGAGCAGCUCGAGGAGGUCAUGAUCACCGCCCAGGAGGACGGCCUCUCCCACCUCGCCUCCGAGACCGUCCACUACAACCCCUCCGACCUCUCCUCCUGGCUCCAGAGCAUGCUCUCCGAGCUCAAUCCCCUCCCGCCCAGCAACUUCGGCGGCGCUCUUCCCUUCCCCGCCGCGCCGACGUUGCCGCAGCCCGUGAGCGACCCGUUCCUUGCUCAUGCGGAGUCCUCCUCCAUCACCACCGUCGACCUCGCGGCGGACCAACGGGUGCAGAGCAGCGGGAGGAGCUCGCAGAAGAACGACCCGCGUCAGGAGAUCGACACGUCUGUGGUCGUGUUCGAUGAGGAGUCGUCUUCCGAUUACGAUCUCAAGGCUAUUCCCGGAAAGGCCGUGUUCGGCCGAGCCCAGACCCGGACACGCCUCGCGUCCUCGUCUUCUACUUCGACUUCCUCGAGCGCCGUAACCGCCAAGCGGUUCAAAUCCUCUCCCAAAGAUGCGGCCGUCGGGGUCGCCGCGGAAUCGACUCGGCCGGUCGUCCUGGUCGACUCGCAGGAGAAUGGGGUCCGCCUCGUGCACGCGCUCAUGGCCUGCGCUGAGGCCGUCCAACAGAACAACCUCAGCAUCGCCGAGGCGCUGCUGGUGAAGCAAAUCGGGGUCUUGGCGAUCUCGCAAGCUGGGGCGAUGAGGAAGGUCGCCACCUUCUUCGCGGAGGCGCUGGCGCGGCGGAUCUACCGGGUCUACCCGCAGAACCCCUCCUUGGACCACUCCCUCACCGACGCCCUCCAGAUGCACUUCUACGAGACCUGCCCUUACCUCAAAUUCGCCCACUUCACCGCGAAUCAGGCCAUCCUGGAGGCCUUCGCGGGCAAGAGCCGAGUCCACGUCAUCGACUUCAGCAUGAACCAGGGCCUCCAGUGGCCGGCCCUGAUGCAGGCCCUGGCCCUCCGUCCCGGCGGACCGCCCUCCUUCCGCCUGACGGGGAUCGGCCCUCCCGCCCCGGACAACUCCGACCGCCUCCAGGAGGUGGGCUGGAAGCUGGCCCAGCUGGCCGAGACCAUCCACGUCGAGUUCGAGUACCGCGGGUUCGUCGCCAACAGCCUCGCCGACCUCGACGCGGCGAUCCUGGAGCUGAGGCCGAGGGAGGCGGAGGCGGUGGCGGUCAACUCGGUGUUCGAGCUGCACAAGCUGCUGGCCCGGCCGGGGGCGAUCGAGAAGGUGCUGGGCGUGGUGAGGCAGGUGAGGCCGGAGAUCGUGACGGUGGUCGAGCAGGAGGCGGACCACAACGGGCCGGUCUUCGUGGACCGGUUCAACGAGUCGCUGCACUACUACUCCACCAUGUUCGACUCUCUGGAGGGGUGCGCGAACACGCAGGACAAGGCCAUGACGGAGGUCUACCUGGGGAAGCAGAUCUGCAACGUGGUGGCGUGCGAGGGGCCGGACCGGGUGGAGCGGCACGAGACCCUAACCCAGUGGAGGGGCCGUCUCGGGUCGGCCGGGUUCGUCCCGGUCCACCUGGGGUCGAACGCGUUCAAGCAGGCGAGCAUGCUGCUGGCGCUGUUCGCCGGCGGGGACGGGUACCGGGUGGAGGAGAACGGCGGGUGCCUGACGCUGGGUUGGCACACGCGGCCGCUCAUCGCCACCUCGGCGUGGCGGGUCGGCUGCCCGAACGUGGGGGCUGGGUGCUGAGUCGGCUCAGUCGAAUCGCGCGGGGGGGGUAGGCUCAGGCCCCCACCAACAAAGCCUAGUGGUGUGUCAACGUGCGACUGUGAGCUGGUUUCAGACACUGACAGAGACCCCCCACUCACCGCCUGUCUCCGGCCCCUCUACCCCAACCCAACAAAGAAAAAGAAAAAGAAAAAUAAGAACAACCAGAAAAAAAAAAUUAAAAAAAGUAGAAAAAAAUUCUAGUUUAAUAUCUCCUCUUUAGCUCGAGUGAGUAGGUCUUUCUUUUUUCUUUUUUUUUUUCUUUUUGUACCUAUUUGUGUAAUUUUGAGGGAUAUAUAUGUUCCGAGAGGGUCAAAUGUGUAAUUUAUGGGUGUAGCUGUGGUGUAAUAAGGGAAUAGAACAAAGCCUAUUUCGCUUUC